AUGGCUUCUCUUCCCUCUGCAACAAUGCGAUCACCGCCACGACCACCACCUCCUUCUCCUCGCCAUUCUCCUCCUCCUGACAAUGUAGUUGAUGAUGAUGAUAACUCUGAUUACUUCAACUCCUUCCCACCUGGUUUCAGGUUUCGUCCUCUUGAUCAUGAGCUUAUUGAUUAUUAUCUGAAGAAAAAGGUUGCGAAUCACCCACUACCCAUGAAUCAAAUCCGAGAGGUUCAGCUUUACAAGCAUAACCCUGAGGAGCUCGCUGAGAAAUACCGACCAUAUGGAGAGAAAGAAUGGUAUUUUUUCACUCCUAGAGAUCGGAAGUAUAAAAAUGGAAAUAGACCAAAUAGGGCAGCUGGAAAUGGGUAUUGGAAAGCAACUGGAGCAGACACAUUAAUAAAAAGUAAUGGCCAACUUGUUGGCUAUAGGAAGUCAUUAGUUUUCUACGUUGGAAAGGCUCCCAAGGGUGACAAAUCAGACUGGAUUAUGCAUGAGUAUCGGGUCAAAGAAAGUGGUACUUCUCGAAUUAAUAGAGGACCUAAUGAUAUGAAGUUGGAUGACUGGGUCUUAUGUAAGAUAUAUAAGAAGCCAGAAAA